UAGCAUGCUGAGUUGAGUUGGAGCCGUUAAACGUAACACAUCUCGUUGUUCGCUUUUACUGCUAUUUUGUAUUCAAUUGCAUCGCAAAGUUCUGUUCGCGUGUUAGUCAUUCAGCCAGCCAUCUAGCCAGUCAUUCAGUCAGUUAGUCAGUUAGUUAGUCAGUCAACAACGCUGCUGCUGCUAAUUUUAUUCUCUUGCUUUUCUUGUCAAAAGUAUUUUGUUAUUGUUUUUUUAUUUAUUUCAACAAUAAAUAUUUCUUCUUUAACGUACAACUUUUCGUACUACACACAGAGUCAAACGAACCCAACGACCGACCAGUUCAGUUCAUUUCAGUUUCAGCAGCAAGUUUCAGUGUUUUUUUGGGGGCCUAUAGCAAGCAAGCAAAUAGUGUCUCAAGUAUCACUUCACUAGACGAAAUUUUUGUUUUUAUUGUUGCUAUUUUAAGUGCCAGAAAAAAAGUAAAUUAUUAAAAAUUUUUUAUUUUUAAAACAAGUGCGUAAUUUAUAAAAAUUUAAAAAGAAAAAUUUACUAAAAUACAAAAAAAUUAAAGAAUUAUUGUGCAUUUAACUAAAUAAAAUUUAAAAAUAAAAUACAAAGAAAAUUUUUUGUAUUAAAAUUUACGAAAAAAAAUAAAAAAUUAAACGAAAAGUGCUAAAAAUAAACCGCAAUAACUAAAACCUUUUAAAUUAUUAAAAACCAAAAAAAUUAAGAAGAAAAUUGUGUCAAAUUGUUAAUGGCUGAAAAUAAAGGAAUCAUGUUGGCGAAAUCUGUACAAAAACACGCUGGACGUGCCAAAGAAAAGAUUUUACAAAAUUUGGGUAAAGUUGAUCGGACCGCAGAUGAAAUUUUUGAUGAUCAUUUAAAUAAUUUCAAUCGACAACAACAAAAUGCCAAUAGAUUACAAAAAGAAUUCAAUAAUUAUAUUAGAUGUAUAAGAGCUGCACAAACCGCAUCCAAAUCAUUAAUGGAUGCCAUAGCGGAAAUCUAUGAACCUCAAUGGAGUGGUUAUGAUGCCUUACAAGCCCAAGCUCAAUCUUCGGAAUCAUUAUGGCAAGAUUUUGCUCACAAAUUGGCAGAUCAAGUAUUGAUACCAUUAAAUACUUAUACAGGACAAUUUCCAGAAAUGAAGGUUUGUAGUGAUAAUGAUUUAUAUUUUAAAUUGUCUAGUUCUCACAAGUCUAAUCUAUAGUAUAAAAUAUAGCUUAACAUAUAGUCUAGUCUA